AUGACCACUCUCGCUGUCCCAGGUGCUGCCACAAUUGAAAGGAGACCCCUUUCUAACCAUGGAUUGCCGAGGCCUCCUCGUGUCUCAUCACCCAACCAGCCUCAUCGCUUCACAGGACGCCAUCUCUCUAUACAAGAAGAAUCCUCUGACUACACAAGUCCAAGAACACCAGGCCUGAUGUCUCCUCCAAUGUCAGCCCGGAGUUUUGGCACUUUCAUUGACUCGGAACCGUCCACACCAGCGUAUUCCCCACGUAUGGACUAUGACUGGGACAAGUCAAGUACGGUGCUUCUCAGACCAAUGUCAUCCAGUUCAGAGCCGUCCAGCCCAACGGAGCCCGUGUGGGACAUGAUCAAGCCAGUGGAAAUCACCCAACAAGCUUCGAUUCCUUUGAGAACAAAUCACAAAGAGCAUGACGCCAUCAUGAGAGACAUGCCUCCACCGGCUCCGGGACCUCCUCGGCUAGCAUCACCUCCACCAAGGAGCGUCAGAAGACCUUCACAGCCGCGCACUGUGAUACCAGUCGAGGUGUACCGCCCACCUCCCAGGGAUAACGACAAAGAAGAGAGUAAAGAAGCCGAGGCGCCGGUGGAGCAGCCGACAUCGAACAGCACGGCACCGUUCAGCAAGAUUACGUCGAGGAUGAAGAUGAUGCUUCGGCGAAGGAGCACGACCGAUAAGAAGAAAGAGAAGAAAAAGGAGAAAGACUAUUACGAUCCCGUGGAGGAUGUACAUUGGUCCGAAAUGUGA